AACGGAGGGAGCGAAGGACAGGUUAUCGCGCUAUACAAACAUCCAAACAAAAUUGCUUCCAAAAUAUUUCCUCCUUUCUUGGAUGCAUAAAACUUCAAUCAAAUUCUAGAUUUUAAUCAAAUCGAUUAUAAAAUGGGGUGUCUAGCAGUGUUCAGCUCUCUAAUUCUCCCCGAGCCAUGGCGAUCGUCCCUCAAUUACACCUCCUGUUCGUUACCUUCGGUUUCCCCCAACUUACGAUGUGGCUGUCGAAUCGCAACGAGGGUUCGCGAUUUCAAUUUCCGAAGACGAGGUUAUCAUCAGCUCAAUUGCUCUCAUAACGAAAACCCAUCAUCUUCAUCUAUGGAGAAUGAACAGGAGCCCCCUCAAGAAGCUAUUCUCAAGGCCAUUUCAGUUACCAUGGAAUCCUAAUUCACAUACGACUGUCUAAAUGCUGAAGAUCACAAUUCACAGACCAUAAAACUGUUUGUUUAUGUAUCAAUUUAUGUUGUUUUUUGAUGUUCAUGAUCAUCAUUAAGGAUUUACAGUUUAUGAGAUUAUACAAAGUAUCUGGGCAUGUUACAUUUUUGUAGUAAUGGUGUCGUAUCUAGCAAAACUAACAAUUAAAAAUAUGAUUCAGAACUUUCAAAGGCUAAAGGAAGAGUAGGAAAAACUACUAACAUGGUUCUUGGAGGAACGAUCACCAAUGACUCCACCUAUGAGUCUCUCAGUCUGAAUAAAAUGCUAAACAUAUACCCAGCUGCUCGAGGAUUUACAGCCAUUGGAUCAGGAGGAGAUGAUUUUGUGCAAUCCAUGAUUGUUGCUGUUGAGUCUGUAAUUCAACAUCCAAUCCCACAGGGCCGGGUGAAGCAGAAAUUAUCAUCAGGUGGGAAAUAUGUGUCUGUAAACAUUGGACCUGUUCAGAUUGUUUCUAGCAAGCAGGUUCAAGCUGUAUACUAUGCUAUGAGGAGAGAUGAUCGAAUGAGAUACUUUCUGUAGGUGGUGUAUAUACAACAACACCAAUCAUCUGGUGUAUUGUUCAUAUUAUCAAACAUUUGUAAACGAAAAUGAUUGUGUAAUUCAUGGAUUAGCAGAUUAGGUUGUGGUGUAAUAGCGCAAGUAUUGUUUGAAUUAUGAAUUUAGAAGUUAUUGAUUAUAUUAUAUGGGUUC